GGAAGCGCUCGACUACAACACAUCAGCGGCUCUGGAGUCAUCUUCAUUUUUUGUGCGUUAUUUUAUUCGUGUAAAACAAGAUAGUUCAUUUGUAACUUGCCGAAAGCAGAAUGGGACAUUUAAAAUAGCAUUGCAAGCCCAAAUGAAUGAAGAAGAUAAAAGCGAACAGCUGCGACGAUGAGGAGGCUGAACAGAAAGAAAGCUCUGAACUUUGUGAAGGAGUUGGAUGCUUUCCCAAAGGUUCCUGAGAGUUAUGUCGAGACAACAGCUAGCGGAGGAACUGUUUCAGUUCUGGCUUUCACGGCAAUGGCGCUCUUGGCCUUUUUUGAAUUCUUUGUGUACCAGGACACAUGGAUGAAGUAUGAAUAUGAAGUGGAUAAAGAUUUUACCAGUAAACUAAGAAUCAAUAUAGAUAUUACAGUCGCCAUGAGGUGCCAAUUUGUCGGGGCAGAUGUGCUGGAUCUUGCUGAGACAAUGGUAGCAUCUGAUGGCUUGCAGUAUGAACCUGUUGUUUUUGACCUCUCCCCUCAGCAGAGGCUCUGGCAAAGAACGCUUUUGCUUAUUCAGAAUCGUCUGCGUGAGGAACAUUCACUCCAAGAUGUUAUUUUUAAAAAUGUCAUGAAAGGGUCACCUACUGCUCUCCCACCCAGGGAAGAUGACCCCACUCAGGCUUUAAACGCCUGCCGAAUACAUGGACAUCUUUAUGUCAAUAAAGUAGCGGGAAAUUUCCACAUCACUGUGGGCAAGGCUAUUCCACAUCCACGAGGUCAUGCUCACCUCGCUGCCCUGGUCAGUCAUGAAACAUAUAACUUCUCCCAUCGGAUAGACCAUCUGUCAUUUGGAGAAGUAAUUCCAGGCAUUCUGAAUCCAUUGGAUGGCACAGAGAAAGUGUCCUCAGAUCAUAAUCAGAUGUUUCAGUACUUUAUUACAAUUGUGCCCACAAAACUGCAGACGUACAGAGUGUCAGCAGACACACACCAGUAUUCAGUCACCGAGCGUGAGCGAGUGAUAAACCACGCAGCAGGAAGUCACGGGGUGUCUGGGAUCUUUAUGAAGUAUGACAUCAGCUCUCUGAUGGUGAAGGUGACUGAACAGCACAUGCCGCUGUGGCAGUUUCUCGUGCGGCUUUGUGGCAUCGUAGGAGGCAUUUUCUCAACAACAGGGAUGUUGCAUGGUCUAGUUGGCUUCAGCGUAGAUGUGGUCUGCUGCCGGUUUAAACUGGGGGUUUACAAACCAAAGAGUAUGACAAUCCUAGAUGGCCAUGUGAAUAGUAUAACGCCACUUCUUACUGAGAACGGGGAACACUAGCUGGACUGUCCUUCCCAUCACGUUUACAAACCAUUUCAUUGGCUCUUCCAUCCAAACAGGUGUACAUUUUAGGACUCUUGUGUAUACUUUGUUACCCAGUUCAUUGUCAAUUGUGGUACUGUAAAGAGCUGUCUGUGUCAAAACAACUUCCAGAACAGGAUUAUAAAAUGUAUUGUUUGUACCAUUUGAAAAAAGUCUUUGGGUCUUAAAUUAUUUAGUAGAAAAAUUCCCAGACAGUUGUAUGAAAACAAGUUUCUGAGUGCAGAAAAACUAGUUAUUUUAUUCUAAGCAUCUCAAUCCCUUUUUUUUUCAAUUUAUUGCAUUCAUGAAGAUGAAGCAUAUUAACAUGUAGUUAAGGGGGUUGUUUCUAAACGGACUGAUGUCAAACAGUCUAAUCUCAACUUCUCAAGUGGAUAGAAACGUCCCGUUCCAAAUCGUAUUAAAAAAAUUAUAGUGAAAGUGACCUAUUAGUCAGAUAUGGUGACCCAUACCCGAAAUGUGACCUCUGCAUUUAACCCAUCCAGAGAGUAGUGAACACACGCACAGCAAGUGGUGAACACACGUACACCCUGUAUAAUUUAAAAAAAAUUAUACAGUACAAUACUGCAGGACACCAGAGUCAAAUUGUGACUACAAAUAAGUCGCAUAUGGAUACAGAAACAGGAAAAUUUAACAAGGCACAAGCCGUUAUCACAGUAUUAAUAUAUGGUUGGGAAGUAUGCUCAAUGACUGAAGCCGAGCCAAGAUACCCACCUCAGGAAAGAUGAUUAUUCAAGUUUAUGUAUUGCAUGUGUAUGUGAAGCGAUUGCUCUCAAUAUUAUUGAUACUAUAAGGAUGAUCGUUGAGGGUUUAGUGGGAUAGAAUUCCAAUUUGUUUUUACGACUGAAGUCUUUGACCUUUUAAACAUUUUUGCCUGCACAUUCAGUCAGUUAUACAAUGUAUAUGUGUGUGCAGCUUUAUUUCAAAUCCAAGUUUAAUAAGCGAACAACCUUUAUGUAAAAUGAUCAGGUUUGGCUGGUUUUAUGAUUUUGAAAUUGGCUUUUAAACUAUCUGUUGCUUAUAAUAACAAAACAAGAUAAUUUGCCAAGACCCUUUAAGUGUGUAUUAAGAUCAGAAAUAUAUUUUCGGAUCAUUCUCAUGACGAAUCACCACGUGUAUAAGUGGAUUUUAUUUAAUUUAUGAAUCAUAUGAUCCUUCCUGGAUAUGUUUCUAUAUUGGGCGUACAUUUUACUUGUGUUCAGUCAUGUCCAAAUAAAACAUUU